AUGGUAACAGUAAAAGUCCCAAUAAGAAGAGAAAAUUUCAGAUGGCAACUCUACGAGUUGGUAACAACUCCAUUUGCUUGGCACAACCAAACAUGUCACAUUCAACACGAAGCUUUAUGUUUGGAAAUAGCGAUAAGGAACCAGAAGGAAGUAGCGCUAACCAUUUCUGGAACCAACCUACACCAAUGCAAGCCGUAUGAAAAUAAAUUAUGCUAUCUUCCAAGAUUUUCAUCAGACAACCUACAUGGACCCCAAUGUGUAAAAAUGCUGUUUCACGGAGCCACCGUAGAAGAAAUCGCGAAAAAUUGUCCAAUGAGAUGUUUGUCUUCCAAGUCAUAA